AAAGGGAACUCUCAUUCGGCGGACAAACGCUUGACGGAACGGAUGUGUGCGUGAUCAGAGAUCGGAUCGGAAUCAGAAACAGAAUCAGAAUCAGAAUCAGAAUCGGAAUCACAAUCAGAUCGGUGCGAUAUAUACGGAUAAUCAGUUCGCACUUGGCCGGAAGAAGGUGGCAAUUGAGACAACUCAACGCUUUCUGCCAGGCGAAAUAGCGCCAAUAGAAAGAAAACAAAUAAAAGAAGUUCAAGUCAAUCAAUCAGGCAGGAAAGCGAAAAAGAGGAAAUUUUCGCCAGUCAACGCGAUCGGGCCAUAAAAACAUUCGAGCCAAGAAAAUAGGAAUUAAUUUAUUUAUUUUUCUCAUUCAAUUUCGAUCGAAAUUCUGAUUGACAACUGCGAAAGGUUGCGGUGAUUUUUCACACCCCCACGUCGGCAAUAGAACAUUUUUUUUUUUGCAGUGCACAGUGAGUGAGUGAGUGAGUGAGUGGAAGGGAGAUAGUGAGUGUGUGCGGGUGCAAUAAUCAAAUUUGACAACUGCGCGAAAAACGUUCGAGAUCAAAACACCGCAGCCAAAACAAAUCAAAUCGGAAUAAAUGGGCCAAGAAUUCAGUGCGAUUUCCUUUUUUUUACUGUGAGCCCCCGCUAUACACACAAUACGAUAUCCGUGCGCACAUAGAUCACCGAUCCAGGCCGCGAUGACGCACUUGAUGGGUCCCACGGAGUGCGCCAGCGCCAUGAUGACCACCUCGAUGCAGUUCCUCGACACCAGCCUCCCGGAUUACAACUGCUACGCCAACGACUACUGGACCUCGCCCUACAUGACCGGCGGCCUCAGUCCCAUGAAGCAGAUCGAAGCCUGCAUCCAAACGGCUGGCAAGGAUCGCAGCUCGUACAAGCCGCUGGAGCAGAUCGAUGCCAAGUUGGCGGACAUCGAUGCGCACAGUACAGGCAGCACUGGCACCGCGAACAGCGGCAGCAGUGGCAGUCUCUCCAAUCCGAGUUGCCAGGAGCACUCCUCGGCCUCGUCCCUCCUGCCCCCCGACUAUCCCGGCGGCAACAGUGAAGCCUCGACGGCAGCGACAUCCGCCGGCACAGCAGCAACAUCGACGGCGGCGGGCGGAGCAAGUGCAUCCACGGGAUCCAAGAAGUACAAGGGCCAACACAAAAAAGACAACAACAGUGCGGACAGUAAUACAGUGAAAAACAACAGCAACAACAUUAGCAAAGGGGAAUCGGAGCCAGUGCAUCCAUCGCUCGCCCAGGCCAUCGUGGUGCUGGAGACGAAGGCGCUGUGGGACCAGUUCCACGCUCAGGGCACCGAGAUGAUCAUCACGAAGACGGGUCGCCGGAUGUUCCCCACCUUCCAGGUGAGGAUCGGGGGCCUCGAUCCCCACGCCACCUACAUCUGCAUGAUGGACUUCGUGCCCAUGGAUGACAAGCGAUACCGCUACGCCUUUCACAACUCCUGCUGGGUGGUGGCUGGCAAAGCGGAUCCCAUCUCCCCGCCCAGGAUUCAUGUGCAUCCCGACUCACCUGCCGCCGGUUCCAACUGGAUGAAGCAGAUCGUGUCCUUCGACAAGCUGAAGCUCACAAACAACCAGCUGGACGAAAAUGGUCAUAUCAUUCUGAACUCAAUGCAUCGCUAUCAGCCACGAUUCCAUUUGGUGUACUUGCCGCCGAAGAAUGCGUCCUUGGAUGAGAACGAGCACUCCAGUCACUUCCGCACUUUCAUCUUUCCGGAGACGAGUUUUACGGCCGUAACUGCCUACCAGAAUCAGCGGGUGACACAGCUGAAGAUCUCCAGCAAUCCAUUCGCCAAAGGUUUUCGGGAUGAUGGCACUAAUGAUGUGACAACUGGAGGCGGCAGCAGCAUGUCCUCGAUGAGCCACGAAAGCCAGGCUCGCAUGAAGCAGCAGCAACAGCAACAGCAACUGCAGCAGCAGCAGCAACUCAAGGAGCGAACGGCGGCCACCAGCAACUUCAGCCUGAGUUGCACCGACUUGGGCGUGGAGCAGCAGCAACAGCAGCAGCAGCAGCAACAACAACAGCAACAGGCAGCAAUCCUGCAACUGCCGGCCACGCCCUCCAGCAGCUCCACCUCCGGCAACUCCCCCGAUCUGCUGGGCUUCCAGAUGGAGCAGCAACUGCAGCAGCAGCAGCAGCAGCAGCAACAGCACCAGCAACAUCAGACCAGCAACCAGCAGCAGCAUCUCCACCAGCAACACCAGGCGAACCAGCAGCAAUCGCUGCUGCAACAGAGCCAGAACCAGACCCAGUAUGGAAGCUAUCACCAUGGCUAUCAGCCCCAGCCGCAGUCGCAUCCCCUCACCCCGCACUCCACCAGCUCCGCAUCUCCGCCAGCAACUGCCGCGGGAGCAACUGCAUCGGCAGCGGCAGCAGCAGCAGCAGCAGCAGCUGCAACAUCGGCUGGCACGGGAGCAACACAAGUGAUGACUGCGGCCAAUAUCUAUUCGAGUAUCGGUCAGCCUUAUGCCCAGGAACAGAGCAAUUUUGGUGCCAUUUACCAUCAUAAUGCGGCUGCUGCUGCCGCCGCCCACUAUCACCAUGGCCACGCCCACGGCCACGCCCACAGCCACGCCCACGGGCCAUAUGCCAGCGCCUACGACAAGCUGAAGGUGUCGCGACACGCGGCAGCCGCCGCCUACGGAAUGGGGGCCACCUAUCCAAGUUUCUACGGAUCGGCGGCCCAUCACCAGAUGAUGCGGCCCAGCAGCUACAUAGAGAUGGUGCCCCGCUGAACAGGAUCUCCGAGUAUCCGAGUAUCCGGAAUCGGUUUCGUUUCACAUAUUCUCAAAAAAUAACCUCUAACUUGCCUGUAAAAAUUAUUUAAUACACUUAAUUAAGAUUCGUUUGUCAAUAUUUUAAAACACAAAGUAUUCCUGCCAAAGCUAAAUAGAUCUGAAACCUAAAAACUCAUUCUAAAAUCAAGAAUUUUUGUCAAAAAUCGAGCUAGUUUCAAUAUUCUUAAAGAAAUAUUUGUAAUUGCCUUCAAUUUAAAGUUUAUUUAUCACUUGUUAGGGGUAAAAAAUAUACUAUAAUAAGAAUCAAAAGAAUUUUAGUUAACAUAUUCUACAUAAUGUUUUAAAUUGCCUGAACAUUUUUCUUAAACUAAAGUAGAUCUGGUGCCACGCUAAAAAAUAGUUCAAGAAGUAAGGUGUUUAAAUGUUUUAAAAUAAACUGAUACAAUCAUUUCUGCCAAAUCUAUUUGAACUUGGAGAUAUAAAAUUAUUUUAAGUUCAAAAAUCCUUUUUAAAAUUUAUAUAAAUGCAUAAAGGUAAACUAAUGUGUGUUAUUAUCUUGUUUGAUCAUGGAAUAUUCCAACAAAGGCUUGGCAAACAUUCGUUAUUAAAUCAAACAUAUAUUUUUUAAAUAGAAACAAUUAGAAUAGCAGACAGAAAUAUAUUUAUAAAAAUUAAGACCAAUAUUUAUAAUUAAAAAUCUCCUUUGAAGGAUCUUUUCUUGAUUUUAGAAUCAAUUUUGUUGGUAAAUGCAGGAUUCAAGUAUUAGCAGCCAGAAAACCAAAUAUAAAUGCAACAAGUAUUACAAGUAUUUCUACAAAAAAAUUACUAUAAUAAAUAAAUUUUUUUUUGUAGCCUAGUUCUUUAUGUGAAAAAAAUGUAGAAAACCAGAAAACAUAUUAUUUGAUGUAAUUUGUAGUGUAAUUUAAAUAUAUACAUAUGAAUACUUUUUUUUGCUUAACAUUUUAGUUAUUUCGUUUAUUCUAUGUAAAUACAAGCACAUAUCUCGCUAUAUAUAAAAACUGAAACAGUUUCAAGUAAUAAAAACAAGGAAAAUUAA